GCCACUCCUUCUCACAACUGAGUGUUAUGAACUUUGCUCUGCUGUCUUUUUUCUCAUAUAUUGUAGCACAGGUUUGAAUGAUUGAGCUCAAGUUUGUAACACUGCUGCUUCAGGACCUGCCGGAAAUGAUCAUGGGAAGCACGUUGGCAAAGUGUGCAGCCACAGACUUGGCCAUUCAGUGGGUCGGGUGGGCACUAGCCUCUUCUCUCAAAACGGAAAAGUUUUACGACCUGGCAGGAUCUGGUACCUUCAUAUUGCUGGCUCACCUCAGUCGUGUAUGGGGCGGAAGUGGACACCUUAGACAGAAUGUACAAACUGGACUCAUUACUGCAUGGGGAUUGAGGCUCGGGACAUUUCUCUUUCUUAGAAUCCUGAAGGAAGGACAAGACCGGAGGUUUAACAAUGUCAGAGGUAGCCCUGGGACAUUCUUUGUUUACUGGACCAUGCAAGCAUUGUGGGUCUUUGUUACCCUUUUGCCCACCCUAAUUCUGAACAGUGAGCGAAGAAAUGAGCCUCUAGGCCCGCGGGACUACAUUGGCUGGGGAAUAUGGGGGCUGGGUUUUGCUACAGAGGCCAUUGCCGACCAACAGAAGUGGAAUUUUAGGAGUGAUCCAAAUAAUGCGGGGAAGUUUAUUCAUCAUGGGCUGUGGGCGUACAGCAGGCACCCAAAUUACCUGGGGGAAAUCCUGCAGUGGUCUGGGCUGUUCCUGUCUGCUUCCUCCAUCAUGCACGGACCUCAAUACCUCAGUGCACUUUCUCCACUUUUCGUUUGGUUUUUGCUGAGACAUGUUAGUGGGAUCCCCAUUCUUGAGAAGCAGGCUAUGAAGAAGUGGGGGUCGGAUCCAGCUUUCCAGAACUACGUCAAAAACACUCCCCUUCUAUGGCCCUUUCCAAAAGUGAAAGGAGAAUAAAGCAUGUUUACAGUAACUGCACCUGUCAAAUGAACAUUGAGAGCUGCUGAUUAAAUCCUACAUGGAGA